CAUAUCUGUAUGGUGCCAGGGACUGCAGGGUCUAUAAACAACCCCGGGUGUAGCAGUUGCUCAGAGUAGGAACAGGUGGCUGCCAACGUGACUACAGCCAGUUGCCCAAGAUUUUGCGCCACUCCCUAAUCCCUCCACAGAGAAAGGGAUUCCGGCUCACGCGCCAAGAUAAAACUCCAUUCUUACAUCGCCUCUAAACUCGCCACUGAAGCCGUGUCAUCACGUGAGCGCGACCUGACUCGUCCUCUGGCGGUGCUCAGUCCGUUUAGGGGCCACAAUAGCCCGUAAUCGGUGUUAUAUUUGGGCUCCUCGCAGAAGGAAAUAUGACGCGCGAGGACAGAGCGGAGCUGUGCACGCGGCCAGGGGGCUUCCUCGGGGACCGUGCUCUGCGGGCAGCGUGGGAGUCAUCGUCGGCACUGGCGAGCAGGAGCUGUUGUCGGGGCUCGUUGGCAUGCAUUCCCCCUGAGUUCGCCGACGCCUCCCUCGGUGGUGUGGUGGCAGGAUGCCAGUGCAGGCGGCCCAGUGGACUGAGUUUCUGUCCUGUCCCAUCUGCUACAAUGAGUUCGACAGCAGCGGCCACCAGCCCAUCAGCCUGGGCUGCUCCCACACGGUGUGUAAGACCUGCCUCCACAAACUGCACCGCAAGGCCUGCCCCUUCGACCAGACACCAAUCAGCACCGAUAUCGACCUGCUGCCGGUCAACUGUGCCCUGCUGCAGCUGGUGGGGGCUCAGGUCCCAUAUGUGCAACAGGUGAGCCUGAGCAGCGCAGCAGAAGUUGAGAACUACGAGGUGUGCAAGGUGUGCGUGGAAGAGCUGGCUCUCUACCUAAAACCUAUCAGCGGAGCAAAAGGUGUGGCGACUCUGAGUCCGAGCGUGCUCAGUCGGCCCAUGCAGAGGAAGCUGGUGACCUUGGUGAACUGCCAGCUGGUGGAGGAAGAGGGCCGUGUGCGGGCGGUGCGGGCGGGACGGUCGCUGGGGGAACGAACCAUAACCGAGCUCAUCCUGCAGCACCAGAACCCACAGCAGCUCUCUGCCAACCUGUGGGCAGCGGUGAGGGCGCGGGGCUGCCAGUUCCUGGGACCCGCUAUGCAGGAAGAUGCUCUGAAGCUAGUUUUACUGGCUCUGGAGGACGGCUCAGCCUUGUCCAGGAAGGUGUUGGUUUUGUUCGUGGUCCAAAAGCUCGAGGCUCGGUUCCCCCAGGCCUCCAAAACCAGCAUAGGACACGUGGUGCAGCUUCUCUACAGGGCCUCCUGCUUCAAGGUCACUAAGCGGGAUGAAGACUCCUCACUGAUGCAGCUGAAGGAAGAGUUUCGAACAUACGAGGCUCUCCGGAGAGAACACGAUGCUCAGAUCGUCCACAUUGCCAUGGAGGCCGGCCUACGAAUUUCCCCCGAGCAGUGGUCUUCUCUGCUGUACGGAGACCUGGUCCACAAGUCACAUAUGCAGUCUAUUAUCGACAAGUUGCAGUCUCCAGAGUCGUUUGCGAAGAGCGUUCAAGAGCUAACGAUCGUUCUGCAGAGGACGGGAGACCCUGCCAACCUCACAAGCCUUAGACCACAUCUAGAGCUCCUCGCCAACAUAGACCACAACACAGAUGCCCCGGCACCAUCAUGGGAGGAGCUGGAAAGUGUGAUGCUGGCUGUGAAGUUGGUGGUUCAUGGACUAGUGGAAUUCAUCCAGAACUUCAGCAAGAAGAGCCACGAUGCUCCGCAGCCUCAGGCCAACAGCAAGUACAAGACCAGCAUGUGUCGAGACCUUCGUCAGCAAGGAGGCUGUCCGAGAGGAACCAACUGUACCUUUGCACACACACAGGAUGAGCUCGAGAAAUUUAGACUGAGAAACAAGAAGAGCAGCAGCGUGGGCCGCACUUUCCCGUUAGCACCGGGGGUUAUGGGUAAAACCUUCACCAUGGAGGGAAGCAUCCACACAGAUGUGUCGACAGACAUGGGUCAGGGCCUCAAUGGCACAGGGGAGGACACAGACUCCCUGACAGAGGGAGUGUCCAGCCUGACUCACCCACAACUCAUGUCCAGAGGGGCUGACAUGAUGGAGGAAAUGAGUAGAGCGGCGCCAAAUGUAUCCAACGAGGCGAACGGAUCCAACGGGCUAUCUACCCGAAACACAUCUGGGUCAACUGAACAGAAGCCCAUCUCACCCUCCAGGACCCCAGUCAACCACUCCUCAGCGUCAUCUCCCUUGACAACGGUUGGGCGGGGUGAUGUGGGCGCUCCCAUGCCCAAACAUAGUCAGUUCAUGCUGCGUGCACCACAUCCUUCUCAGCCGUCAGAGCUGUACUAUCAGGAGCCCCACUCUGCAUAUGAAACGCCCCAUUAUCAACCAGCCUCAGGUUCGUACUACCAAUCGACUUUUCAUCCUCCUCAAAAACCCUGCAUGGCUCGCUUCCUUCGAUCCUCCAACGUCCCAGAAUCCUCUCUGCCGCCCUCCUCCUACCUUAGUGACCCUCAAGCGUCGCACCCACCUUCCUCCUCUCUAUCGGGGUACCCGCCACACCCGCCUAGAGAUCGGAUGGGAGCUCCUGCCUUCCAUCACCACCCGGGGCAGCCUCAAUAUGGGCCUCUGGCUCCGGCUCAUGGUGUUUAUGCCCCCCUCUACGACAGCAGGAGAGUAUGGAGGCCUCAGCUGUACCACAGAGAGGAUGCCAGGAGUAACUCACUGCCUCCAGAGGUGCUGCAGUCCUCCGUCUACCAGCCUCCACUCAGGGAGAGAUUCAACUCUCUAGACAGUAACUACUGCUCUGGAGCUGAACACCGUGCAGGCCUACACAGGGAUUACGGCCGUGUUCCUCUCGGCUACGAGGAUCUGUUCAGAAGGAAGCAGGAACAGUGGGCUCACCAUCACCACCAUCACAACACCAACAGGCCCUCCCAGUCCUCCCCGAUCUUCACCAUCGAUUUUGCAACUGAGCAUGUGGAGAGCAGUGGAGGCCAGUGUGUGGGGUGCAGGUUCAGAGGCGAGGAAAGCUUAGCACACUACUCCCCGUGGUCCUGUGGUACCAUCGGCCACUGUCUCAGCCCCUUUGAGCCCGAAAUGCUCGCGCACACCUCAACUCACUCCUGCUCAGAGCACUCGGAGUUAGACAGCAAUGGCGGUGGAGGAGGAGGUGGAGUCAGUGGCAGCGGGAAUGGCGUCGGGAAGCGAUGGCUCCAUUCAUUGGAUCAUUACCGGCGCUUGAAAGACGAGGACCCGAUCAUUCCCUUUAGUGAGGGGCCCAUUAUCUCCAAGUGGGGUGCCAUAUCCAGGGCAUCUCGCACGGGCUACCACACCACCGACCCUAUCCAAGCCACGGCCUGCCAGGGCAACGCCAAUACGACACCCAUCAACUUUAAAGAUUAUAACCACCACUUGGAUCACAGCGACUACAGGUGGAGCUCCAGAGGAUCCGACUCCUCCAGUCACUCCAGUUUCCUAGAGAGUGAGCAGCUCUGUGCAUCAGCGCUUCACUGCCGUCGAACUUCGAUAAGCAGCGGUGAGAAACUUGUGUCAGAUCUGCAAGCCCUUCAGACCGCCGCCUACCGCCGGGAUCGGGGCCGGGCCGAAAGCGAACCGGACCCGGAACGAGACAUCGAGCUCGAACUGUGCGCCCUCGACUUGGAGGUUUCAGACCAGCAGGAGAUCAAGUCUCAGGAGUCUUUAGACCUGGCCACCCUGCAGUCUCAGGAUGCGUCCCACCUCCUCCCAUCACUCUGCUCCUCUCCCCUCCUCUCCUCUCCUGUGGAGGAGCAUCCCCACACAGAGGGUCCCAUGACAGAAAAGAUGGACGCUCACCUGCUGAAAAAGAUGGCCUUCAGGAAGUCUCUGUCUCCUGGAGGGUUGGUCUCAGGAGGUCUCGGCGUUGGCAGGCUUGUGCUGCGUACUGGACCUCCUCUACUGGGGAACACAUCGACCCGGGCUUGUCCGGAAACGCCCGGGACAGAGAUGCUGCUGAAUGGAAGCUAAGGGGACACAAAGAUAGACUGACCUGCGCUAAGUUAGAGCUGCGUUGCUUUCCCACAACCAGAUCCUGGUUGAGGGGAAUACCAUUUAAUUCCAGCCUAUAUGUCAAUCAUAUGCCUAAAUACAACUAGACAAAUAUGGGUCAGCAGUCUGUGCUGCGUUGUAAGGGGCCAGAGGAAACACAUUGUCCUGUCUCCAAUGGACAGCUCCACACACAAUUUAGUGAUUCACUGUCUAACCCAAAAAAAACCAUGAGGAGUUUUCCCGAACUGUAGAUUGCAUCUUAGUUGUGAGAUUCUCACAUCAUCUAGUUUGUUGUCAUUCAACACAGCUGACAUAGGUGCCACUUUUCAUGCCACUUCUUUAGGUUUUCGUGACUCCUUUUUUGACUUUCUUUUCCUUUAGUUAUUCUUUCGUGACAGCCAAGAAGAUCCUAACAUACCGAACUCUGUCUGGGUCCCGAUACUGAGUGUGUAAUUGCUCUCAAGCUUGUGUCUGUUUACCCCAGGGCAGGCGAUGGUGAAGUGACACUUCGCUAUCCAAAGCUACAUUCAACAAAAACAGUGAUUAUCUUCUACUUUUUGUCACCUUUUCAAUACUUGACAGUUAGUUUCCAUGUCUUGCUAUCUCAUUACAUGUUCCAUGGUAAUGUCCUCACCCGAUUUAGUCGAUGGCUUUUGCUGUAUUUUUGCGGAAACAUUUUCAGAAGUACCCCUCGAAAAAAUUAAGAGAUAGCCAUUAGCAAGGCACUCCCAACAUCUUAGAAAUAUUAAAACAGCAUAAAACAGAGGUCUUCACGAUGCCGAUACUAAAACAAGCUCUAUCUUUUCAGAGUCGUAUGUUGACCUUCGACUGUCAUGAGAUCACAGAAGCCAAUGGCACAGCCGUGAACUGAAUGUGUUCAUGGUCAUUGAUCCCUGGAGGUCAGGAGGGAUGACAACACAACUAAGAUGUGUGUAUUCCUUUUUUCCCCCCAUACCAUACUAGCAUUAUUUUAUUCUUAGGGUGACUACUACUGCAUAACUAAAUAAUACCAAAGGAAAUGUUGUGUUCAGCUGCAGCUGGAGCUGCUUUAGUAGAUUUCUACACAAGCCACCUAAAGCUACAAUCAAUCUUUAACAACUUUAGUUUUAUCUUUGUGUGUCUGUCGUGGUUCAUGCAUUUAAUCCUGCUGACUGUAAACUAGGAACAGUCUCACCGCUCUCUCUCUCACACACACACACACACACACACACAGUGCACGUGUGCUGUCACUCACACACACUAGACACACACAUACAACACAGUGGCCUUCCUCUUUGUGUUAUUCAGACAUUGUCCUGUUUCAGAGGUGUAAGCCUUGUCUAUGCUUUCCAGUUCGGUCAUCUCUACGUACAAUGUCAACAAUAUUCAGAGGUCACGCGUGAUGCUCAAGCUGAAGCCUACAAAAGUGAGGGACACCACUUCGCCCCUGUCUUUGUUUCACUUUUUCAAAAUGUUUGGUUUCUUUUAUUUGAUGCAUUGCUAACUUCUGUGAAGUUGUAUGUUGGGGUAUUUUGUAUUAGGGUCUUUGUUACUCUUGUUUUGUUUGCUACAUAAUUAAUUGUCUUGUCUUAUGUCCCUUGGCUGUGUAGUUCACUGUAACUGUGUGCAGUAUGGGUGAUUUCCAUACAGCCCAGCUUUGCUUCACUUCCUUUUAUAGAUAUGAGGCAUUCUGUCAUAUGUGGCUUUGUCUUAAUGACUUUAAUAAAUAACGUGAAAACAUUAACUCAUUUUGAAUGUACAGGAUUUAAAGUCAUGAGUUUGUUUACACCCUAUUCUGAAUCUUAUGAGAUUUGUGUAGAAUGAGAAGAGGAUGGCUGACUAAUAUUUGAAUCUUUACAGCUUCCUCCAUCAUUUCCUCUCACCUAAGCUACUGUACCUACUCCAAAAAGUAUCCUCUCAUACAGAUAAUACAUUAAAUCCCAUUUUAGAGGAUGGCAAAACGGCUGUGCAAGUUAAAACAUUAUGUAAUCUGAAUAAAUAAAUGGACCGGUAACCCUUUUGGGGGUUCUCUUUUCCACCAACACCGCAGGCAGACAAAGUGAUUGAAAAAUGAAAUGUAAUAAUCUUUAGAAAAGUCUCCAAAUGUUUGGUGAGGUUGAUUAAUGAGGUGAGAAAGGAAAAAGCUGGAACAGGAAUUUCGCUGCCGCAAGUCAUGAGCUCAGCUACCUACUGUCGCUCUGCAUCUGUUUACAACUUCAGCUUUGAAGUCACGUAACGUUAAGUGCCAUGUUGUGUACAGUACAGUAUAACCAAUCCCUGCAAUUGUCCUACAGCUUUUCAUAUUCCUCAACUGUAAACUGUGCGAGGAGGUAAAAGCUCAGUCUCGUUGAGUAGUGAGAUACUGAUGCAGUUCUGCUUUGCUCCACGAGAGGGGGCUAGAGACGUGUCCGUCUGAAUCGCUCAGGAAAGACUUAAGUUGCUCAGCUACUUUUUCUAUAUCCAUUACUUAAAUAUGUUGUGGAAGUAUUUACCUGAAUUUCACUUGGUGAAAACUGACCCCUUAAAGGGUUAGAGAUUAUAUUGUUUGCCAAUGUUUACUUUGCCAGUGUUUUCUUUUGCCUCUUAGUAUCAAUAUUGGCUUUGCUAUUCCUGUUUCCAUGGGAAAGGGCUGGGCACUACUGUAUGUACACGCAGUAUUGUGAGUAUUGCACUAACAUCAAUGUGAUACUCCCUGUUUCCUAUCACUUCUGUAGUGGCCAAUUGCACUGCACUGAUUCCUACCCCAUCACUGCCCUUCCUCCCUGCAUCCUGCGUCAUGCAUGCGAUAUAGUCUCUCUUGUGAUGACGGAGGAGUAUUGAUGAUUCUGUAGUUGUGAUACAACACGCUGUAAGAGUUCUGCACAUGCCCACUGUGUGGCCACGUCAAGUGCUGAAGUUUGUUUGCAGCAUUUUAACUGUUUGUUCAUGAAAAUUAAUUCUUGUUUGAUAGAGAUUAUAUUAUAUACUACUAUUGUUAUUGCCACAUUGGGUUGUUGUUGUGGUAUUUUUCCUCCUCGGUAUAUUCUAAGACAUCUGCUUUGUUUUGAAUUUGAGAAUUUGCUCAAAACUGUUUUUUAUUAAGCAAGAAAGUUACUCAUUAUUCUAUAUUAUAUCGGAAAAAGCCUGUUUGUUGAUUGUGAUACAUAUGAUAAACUGAUGUUUUCUGACUAUUCAUGUCUGUAUUAGACAUUUUAUUUGCGAAUCUAUUGUUCGAUUGAAAUGUAAAUGAAUUAUUAAGAGAUGGUACACAUCUGUCAUUGUAUACAGUCUGUCACCAUCAUUAGAUGGACUUAUAGUAUAGAUGGUCAUUCAUACAACCUGUGAUUACCAGAUAUAUUUAAAUGUUGGGGCAGUUUUGUAACAUUUCAGAAUGAGGAAUAUAAAUUCCUUAAGAGACAGCAUACUUAAAAUGUCCCCAUACUGAAUAAUACUGUUACGUAUUCCAUUUAUUUCCUUGGAAAUAUCAUAUUGUGAAAGGUUCCCUUUUACCGUCUUUACGGUAAUGCAGGACUGGAGUAUGUCAAACUUAUGAUGAUACUGAUGUGUGUGCUAUUGAUGUGUGUUUGACUGACUGACUACAUCUUCUGGCUCGUUCACCUGUCAGACAGACAGCUUGGCUAAGCAGUAUACACUGAGAGAUGGAAUUAUGAAAAGGCACUGGAAAUUGCAUGCCACAAUAAAUCAACAGCAAAUUACAUUUC